GAUAGCGAGGUGUGUGAGACUCUGCUCAAAAUGGGUGAACCUGCAAACGGUGAGGGUGGUAUAGGGGGUGCUUGUGCAAUCUGCAUGGAUGGUGGAGAACUUUUAUUAUGCUCUGGACAAGGAUGCAGAAGGAGCUUCCAUCGGUCUUGUUUGGAUCCUCCUAUAUGUCAUGCUUCUCCUGGACCAUGGCUUUGUGCCCUGUGUACCAAAAACAUGAUCAAACCUGGCAGCUCUGCUUUAUCAGAAUUUCAAUUUGAGGUCUCAAGUGAAAUAGGUGAUCAUGUACUUCCUUAUGUCAACAAGCUUCGUGAUUACUGGCACAGAGGUCAAAAUGCGGUUAUCUUUGACGGGCAGGAUCGACUAGUUAAGGUGGUAUUUUUUGUAUUGUCGUUGCUAGAAAACGUGAGACAGCCUAUUUUAAUUACAGUUGCUUCAAGUAUUCUUUCCUCGUGGGAAGCUGAGUUUUCAAAGUGGUCAAAGCCGACGACUGUUGUUACAUACAAAGGGAACAAAGAUACCCGGGCCGCCAUUAGAGCAUCAGAAUUUUACAGUGAAAAGGGGACUGUAAGAUUUCAAGUUCUUUUAUCUUCUCCAGAUGUCAUUGUUGAGGAUAUGGAGAGUUUUGGUGACAUUAAAUGGGAAUUAAUAGUAAUAGAUGAGUGUCAGCGUUACACUAUCUCAACGCAUUCUAAGAAGGUUAAUCGCCUUGUGGCUGAUAUGAAAUUGCUUACGGUUACUGGUGAAACAGUGGAUAUGAACUGCCGAUAUAUUCUUUCACUGCUUGAUUAUAAGUUUGAAGAUAUGGAUAUGGAUGCUGACAUGGAAAAUGACAAUGUUACUCAUGCAUUGAAAGAAAGAUUGUCACCUUUUAUUGCAUUUGAGUGCAAGUUCGACACCACUGAGUUUGAAGAGCAUUGGGUCCCAGUUCAUCUUUCUUCUAUGCAAAUCGAACAAUACUGUACAAUUCUAGAUUCCAAUAUGAAGGCUCUCUCGUCAUGUAAAAAGAACUCUCCUUCAACCCAAAACAUUUUCAUCCAGACCAGCAAGUGUUGUGAUCACCCAUAUCUUGUGGACCCUACUUUACACAACUCUUCCGAAAGUAAUUCCUCAGUUGAUCCAGUGGCUGCUAAAAUCCAUGCCAGUGGAAAAAUGCAUAUUCUUUACAAGCUAUUGCUUGAGAUUAAAAGAUCUGGUUUAAGAGUACUUGUUCUUUUUCAGCCAGCGGAGAGUUCUGAAAGUAUAUCACUUGGAGAUAUCUUGGAAGAUCUCCUUCACCAAAGAUUUGGCCAGGAUUCCUAUGUACACAUCCAAUCUGCCCGUAAAAAGAGAGUACAAGCAUUAAAAAUGUUCAAUCGUGUAGAGAAUGCAAAGUUUGUUUGCUUGCUUGAUAAACGUGCUUGUAAUUUAAGCAUUAGACUUUCACGUGUGGACCUAGUGAUACUAUACAACAGUAAAUUGAACCCAUCAUAUGACACAAAAUUCCUGCACAAGAUCACCUUUUAUCCACAUCGUGGGCCGUUAAAAGUUCUCCGCUUGUAUUCAUCAUUUACCGUCGAGGAAAAAGCACUGAUUCUGUCAAAGCAAAGAGUACAUCUUGACCGCAUAGGUAAUGUUAGUUGUAAAACUCUUCACCAAUUGCUAACAUGGGGUGCAUCCUUCCAAUUCAGUAAGCUUCAAAUCCAAACUGAUUCCAAAGACCUAUUAUCAGAGUCAGCAUUUAUAGAUGAUUUGCUUCAUGAGUUUCUAUCCCUGUUGAAGGCUAUAAAUGAGAAAACAGGCCCCACAAAGGGCUCAGUCAUAUCGAAUGCACAGCUAUAUGAUGAAUUCUAUUCUACAAACAUCAUGUUAUUGGGUGAAGCUGAGGCCCACACAAAGGAAAGUUCAUCGGUUAAUGAUUACUUGAUUGAAAAUGGACCUGCUUUUUGGAGAAAAAUUCUCAAAGAGAGGCGUCAAAGACGGAAGAAUUUGGGAAGGAGGUCAUCUCAAAGGGUUCAAAGCCAUUCUUAUCUGCUUGAAGGGUUUGGAACUUCUCUUUUUAUAAAGACAAAGCCAAGAAGCAAACGAAAAGUGCUUGAUAAAUCAGAGCAAAGAAAAUGGGGAGGGUUGCCUGCAUAUUUUGGUGGUCACCAGUCAUCUGAUAUCUCACAUACCCUUGACCAGGAAUGCCACAACAGUCAACCUCCGCAUGCUUCUAGCUCUACGCCUCUUGUAACAGAAAUAGAAAUUCAAAAGGAGCGAGAAAAAGUCAGAAAGUCACUUGAAGAACAGAAAUCAAUGCUUCUUUUUGAAUGUGAAAAAGAGUUAUUAGAAGUACGCAAGAAGUAUGAUACAUUGAUUCAGGAAUCUGGAACUUCUUUACGGAAUCAACUGAAGAAUCUUGACGAAUGUCAUGAGCUUGUUAUUGCCAAUAAAUUAUUGGCUGAGAUUUUGGCUCAGAAUUUUGAUGAUAAUCUUAAUGCACCUGUUUUGGAGAAAGCAGUAAAUGAUACCAGCUCAAUUAAAGUCCUUGAAAUUCCUGUGUCUGCACUAGUACGACCAAUGAAGCCAUAUUCGACCAGCGGUCUGGCCACUUGUUUCUCUGGGCAUAGUUUAGGCGGUACUGGAUUACGUGCCCCAGCCCCUCAUCUAAGGUCAAACCCAUCACUGUUUGCAUCAUCAGUUCACACAACCUCCCAACUUCACCAGAACCAACUUUUUAUUAGCCAUUCUCCCCUCUCAACUCCCCAAACACUAUAUACAAACAGAAUUUGAGGUUUAUUUAGGAAAAAAAAAAAUCUGCCGAAACUCACCAUAUAACUUGAUAGUUUUUACUUAUAUAGGUGGUUCUAGCUUGCCAUUAUUGGGCUCAAUUGACGACGUUCUUUUAAAUGUUGUCCAUGGUAGCAUUUUUGGAUUUGGGUUAGUGUAGGGAUCAACAUGUCAAGAUAGAUUUUACACUCGAUGCAAUUGGUACACUAUCCGUACAUGUUCUUUUGUUUAUAGUUGAAGCAUGUACGGAAUUCAUUGAAUAGUUACCAAAAAUAUCCCACAGAUUUGUAGUUUUUAUUUUGUCAAUGCUACAUAGUUACAUAUGGAUGUUAUCUAUAGAGACAUGGUGCUGUUAAGAUAGGUUGCAGUGUAUAUGACUCAAACAUGCCCGGUUAUAAUUUAAUGAGCAUUUUUGUUUUUUGUUGUCCUUAAA